AUGAAGGACCAGAAGAGCGAAGACCUGAAGGCAUGGCGCUUCAAGUACUUUGGUAUCUUGUUGUUGACACUACAACAAGCUAGGUAAGUUUAACAUAACCAUACAAAACUUACCGUAUUCUUACAGUAUGCCCCUCAUAGCAGUAAGUCUAACAUAGAUAUCAGUCUUUCCACUAAAGAAUGUUACAGCUGCACGGUGCAGUCCCCGAGAAAAUCGCGCCCUUUUUAUUCCGCUGCACAGGGCAGAUUUCCCGCGCGAUCACCCGAUACAGCCAACGAUGUGAGGAAAGAUUGCACAGUGCAAUCCCUUCUGUGCCGCAUUGGUCGGUUGUCGCAGGAUUCAAUGACUUGCAACAGUCAAAAAAACGUGUCGCAAUCCUUCCAUUGAACACAGUUGUGGCUUGAGCGUUGCGACAACCGCGACACACUGUCGCAUCGCCAUUCGAAGCGCGACACGACAGUUUGUCGCAAAGCUUUGCACUUGCGACAUUGCGAUUUCCAUUGGGAUGUCGCCGGGUGCAAGCGACUGUCGCAGACCUUGUCGCUUGUCGCCCAAUUCUCGGCGCGACAGCGAUUCCUUCAAACUGCACUGUGCAGUUUUGUAACAUUCUUUUCGGGAAAGACUGAUAUAUUACUUUGUGCAACUAAUUCAGUGCCCCAUUACCCCUAAAAUUUGUAUUGAGAAGGAGCACAGAAUUAAUUGAACAACCUAAUUGAGAGGGGCACAUGAUUAUUUGAACAACCUAACGCAACACUUACCCUUACAGUAUGCCCCUGAUGGCACGGUCGGCCCGUUACCGUAGCGAGAACGAAGUGUUCUUCUCCACCGUGAACGUGUUCCUGAUGGACGUGAUCAAACUGUGCCUGUGCUCGGCGGUGAUCAUCUUCAACGAGCGCUCCAUCUUCAAGUUCGUAAAAGAUGUGAAAGAAUCCGUCUUCGGGAAUCCAGUGGAAACCAUGAAGAUCUGCGUCCCCUCCAUCAUCUACACACUCCAGAACAACUUGUACUACAUCGCCUUGUCCAAUCUGGAGUCGACCACUUUCUGUGUGAGUUGGUUGUUACCUAAAAUUGGGAAAAACAGUUUUUGGUUAAGGGGAAAUGGCAAGCACUUUGUUUACAGAUAAAGAUUAUCAAGAACUUUCUUUACAAAACAAAAAAUGGCAAGAAUUUUGUUUACAAAAUAGAAAAUGCCAAUAACUUUCUUUACAAAACAAAAAAUGUCGAGAAAUCUCGUUCGACGCCGAAAAAAUGAUAAAAAAGCUUUUAAUCGUAUAACUUGUCACCCACAGGCUGCAGAACACAAAAACACUUUUUUUAGCUAAUAACUGACAAAAACUUUCUUUACAAAAUGUGGAAUAGCAAAAAAAAUCAAAUUUACGUUUUAAAAAAUAUUUCUGAAAAUACAGCAAAAACUUUCUUUACAAGCAUAUAUGCCCUAAAAUAUUCAUUGAAAGCCGAUAAAAAUUAGAAAACGCUUUUCAAACCAUGGUUAAACCAUACACCAGCAAAAACUUUAUUUACAAAACAUAUUUCUAGAUCACUUACCAAAUGAAAAUCCUGACCACAGCCAUCAUGCUUCGCUUCGUCCUCGCCAAACAACUCUCCAACAUGCAAUGGCUAGCCCUGGUGAUUCUGAUUGCUGGUGUCACUGAUGUCCAAAUGCAAUAUCAACCUCCAGCUGACAACUCAAAGGUAGAGCAACGUCCAUUCGUGGGCUUUGUGGCGGUAAUGACGAUGUGCUUCACCUCAGCCUUCGCUGGAGUCUACAUGGAAAAGGUAUUGAAGCAGUCGUCAGCUUCGGUCUGGAUGCAGAACAUUCGGCUGGCCCUAUUCGGAAUGGUGCUCAGUACCAUCUCUAUCUUGUACCAGGACUUUGACGGCAUCAGGGAAUGUGAGUUGAUCAGUUUUGUUGGGUUUUGGGGUGGGAUUUUGACUUUUUUGAAAUUUUUUAUGAAAAAAAAUGGGAAAUCUGCCAUUUUAAAUGUUAUAUUAUACUGAAAAUACUAGCAAUAAAAAAAUUUUCAGAUGGUUUCUUCCGCGGCUUCGACACCUUGGUCUGGGUCAUGACAUUCACAAACAGCGCCGGAGGGCUGUUAAUCUCGAUUGUCAUCAAGUACGCCGACAAUAUCUUGAAAGCUUAUGCUCAGGUGAGUCAUGUUACAGUAGACACUUGUUAUAGGCAAAAUCAAAACAGUUUUUUCUAGUAGCAAAUAUUGCAUGAGAUUUUUAUCAUCCAUAGCAAAUUGUUUUGAGCAGCCUGUUUGAGAGCUUAUAGGUGUUAGUAGGGCCAUUACCUACACCUUAGUUGACUGUAACGUGUAUGUCAGUACAUAAAGUAAAAUAAUAGCACGUCUUGACAUAAACUUUCAAUUUUAGUCCAUGGCCAUUGUGGGCGCAGCUCUAGGAUCGUGGAUGUUGUUCGACUUUGUGCCCAACUUCUUGUUCUUGGUCGGUAUGUUGUUGGUUAUGGUGUCGAUCGUCAUGUACACCGUGUUCCCAGCCAAAGCCAAGACCUACCACAACAUUGUGCAGCCCAACGAAAUUCGUAAGUUGAUUUACUGUGCUGGUAAUUUAUUUAUGUUAUGAUUACUGUGUUUUAUAGUAAAAACAGUCGAUCUUGGUCUAAAAGUCGAUAGAAUCGCUUUCGCUUUACUUUUCUAUGAACUUUUUGACCUGUAUAGAACAGGUAAUGGCUUUAAAAGCUCUACGUUUUCGAUUAAAGACAAACGUUAGUAUCUUUUACGCAUACAAUACCGAAAAUAGACACCUACACCUACUACAAUAUAACUUUCAGGUGUGUGGAACCAAAAGCCUUGA